AUGAACAGUGUAGACAUAGGGCGAUGCAGAAAACGCAUCGUACAAUAUAUAUGGGAUCCCGAGCCCAGGAAUGAUGAAGAGCCAGAUGCUUCUAUUUGGUGCUUGGGAGUAGAGUAUGCCCCGCAGCCUCAAAAAAUCACAGCAAAUACAACGCCCGACAACGACGAAGCGAAUCAUCCGAUGACGCUAACUGUACGCAUAAGAACCCAGCUAAUGGACCCUCAAGGCUUCACUUCAGACACAGGAUGGGGUUGCAUGAUUAGAUCCGGGCAGAGCUUGCUAGCAAAUGCAAUGCUUACACUGUGCCUAGGUCGUGACUGGCGCCGUGGCGAUAAAGCGGAAGAAGAGGCCCGCCUACUAUCACUGUUUGCUGAUCAUCCAGAUGCACCUCUCUCGAUACAUCGAUUUGUCAAAUAUGGUGCCGAGUCAUGCGGUAAACACCCUGGGGAGUGGUUUGGACCAUCGGCAACCGCUCGAUGUAUAGAGGCUCUCUCAGCACAAUGUGGAAAUAUAGCACCCAGAGUAUAUGUCACAAACGAUACUUCAGACGUCUACGAAGAUAGCUUCCUCCGUGUGGCUCGCAGUGGCUCGGGCAGUAUUCAACCCACACUGAUACUUCUAGGGACUAGACUGGGAAUUGACAACGUCACGCCAGUGUACUGGGACGGACUGAAGGCCGUUUUGCAAUUGCCACAGUCGGUAGGCAUCGCAGGAGGUCGUCCUUCCGCGUCUCACUACUUCAUCGGCACGCAAGGCCCGCAUUUCUUCUAUCUUGAUCCCCAUACCACGCGCCCCGCAGUCCCAUACAGCAUCGAUGGUAGACUCCUCUCCAAAACGGAAAUCAGUACCUAUCACACUCGCCGACUUAGACGCAUUCAUAUACAAGACAUGGAUCCAAGUAUGCUAAUAGGCUUCCUUGUGAGGAACGAAGAUGAUUGGGAGGAUUGGAAGGGGCGCGUAGGCUCGGUAGUGGGGAAGCAAAUCAUACAUGUGUUCAAAGGAGAGGAAGCUACUUACAACCAAGGCAGAAGGGGGGCACUCGAUGAAGUUGAGGCACUGGACGACGCCUAA